AUGAGCGUUGCUUUCUUUGGGGACGGGGACUCAUACUCGUCACCUGCAGUAGCUACGCGGAACAACCGCCGCGCGCCCAAUGAAGCUGUCGCUGCGACAGACGCAGUCACACCGGCGUCAAUGACUCCUCUGCUCUCCAGCAUCGAUCGCAUCAACGCUGCUCUGGAAGCUGCACUGGCACAGCCUCCACCGCCGACCGGGACAGUGCGUGUGUGCCACGCAACGGAAGAUGAGUGGAACGCGUUUGCUGACAGCGAGGAUCAAAUCGUUCGACUCAAUUAUCUUGAAUGGUUUGCUGACACGGAAGAGAUUCACAUCAUCGAGUUUGCCGACGCUCCACACGAAGAUUACAUUUCCGCGUUUGAAAAAGUUACUUCAUUUGGCGAGCUACACGUUUAUCGAUGGCUCAAAGGCCACUUGGCCGCCAAGAAUUCUCAAGGGCCACAUUGGUGUCCAGAUCUCAGUUAUGGACCACGCGAAGACACACCGCACUCCGUGCUUCCGCCAAACAUUCCAAUUUUUGCAGACUUUCGGACGAUCAAGGUUGAAAUUGGAGUUUCUCAGCAGUGGGGCAUGGCACCAGGAGAGCUCGACCACAAGGCGAUAGCGAUAUGGGCUGUGAUGCCAGUUGAGUACGUGCUAUGUGUGAAAUUCGAGCCCGACUUUACGAAUGCGGAAUACAAGUUGUAUGAUGCUCGCGUCAAUCCACUCGUGCAGCUGGCUCCACUCCCAAUCGUCGCUCCAAGAACCGUGAUCCAGUUGGACGGACGUCGAAUCCUUGGUAUUCCACCAGGGAUGGCGCUCCCGGUAGGGUUUCCUGCAACUCUGUUGGUGGAUUUGUACUCUCCAUUGGUCUGGGCAAGGCGUUGA